AUGUCGAACCAAUUCAGUACGACACUUAACAUUCCUUUUGUUAAGGAUGCAGUCGUAGCUUCCCAGAUCAUCAAGGCCAGUGUUGCCGCCGCAGUGUUUCAUCCUGCCGUCUCAUCCGUUCUAGACGAUGAAGCUCCCAAGGUUUCUUUACAUAUUGCUCCUGAGAGAUUCCUUACUGAGCCUAAUGCCAUUGCUAGAUACUUGUUUUCGCUCUCCGAUUCCACCACCGAUAUCGAAACCAACCUCAUUGCCUUUGACGAAUCUAAGAUCUACUCACUCUUGAUCUCUACUGCUAAGGAUGCUGAUGCAGCUCAAUUCCCUGUCCCCAAAAAAGCUGAAACCACUCUCGGUCAAAUCAUCUACUUUGGUGGUGUCUUUGGCCUAGUUCACAAGUACUCCGAUAAACUCCUUGAGUCUAACACUGACCUCAAGGCUUGGUACGCUGAAUUUUCCAAGAUCCCCGCUGUUGCCGCUGCUAUUAACACUGUGGCUUCCCGCACCGCCAAGAAGGCACUCCCUCCUCCUCCCGAGCACACUGGAAGAGUCAACAUCAACCCCAAGGCUGAAUACAAGAAGCUCGAAGGUAAGAUCCUCCCCAAGGAUGGCCAGCGAAAUAUUCUCAUCACCUCUGCUCUUCCCUAUGUCAACAACGUUCCCCACUUGGGCAACAUUGUCGGUUCCGUCUUAAGUGCCGAUAUUUAUGCCAGAUAUGCCAAGCAAAGAGGUUACAACACUCUCUUCGUCUGUGGUACCGAUGAAUACGGUACUGCCACCGAGACCAAGGCUCUUGAAGAAAAAGUUACCCCUGAAGCUCUUUGCACAAAGUACCAUGCUAUUCACAAAGCCGUCUACGACUGGUUUCAGAUCGGCUUUGAUUACUUUGGCAGAACUACCACAGAAAAACAAACCGAGAUUGCUCAGCACAUUUUCCUCGAGCUUAACAAGAAUGGCUUUUUAGAAGAACAAGCCACUGAGCAGCUUUACUGUCCUGUCCAUAAUGGUUUCCUUGCUGAUAGAUUUGUUGAGGGUACCUGCCCCAAGUGCGGCUAUGAAGAUGCCCGUGGUGAUCAGUGUGAUGGCUGUGGUAAUCUUCUCAACCCCUUCGAGCUCAUCAAGCCUAGAUGCAAACUUGAUAAUGCCUCUCCUGUCCCCAAGAGCUCAAAGCACAUUUUCCUUCUGCUCGACAAGCUCCAGGACAAGGUCCAGGCUUGGGGUGAAAAGGCUCAGGUCGAGGGCAACUGGUCUCAAAACUCGCGUACCAUCACUCACUCUUGGCUUAAGCAGGGUCUUCACCCCCGUUGUAUCACCAGAGAUCUGAAAUGGGGUACUCCAGUUCCUCUUGAGGCUUACGACCAGAAGGUCCUUUACGUCUGGUUCGAUGCCUGCAUUGGCUACAUCUCCAUCACUGCUAACUAUGUUGAUGACUGGGAGGCCUGGUGGCGCCACCCUGAGUCUGUUGAGCUCUUCCAGUUCAUGGGUAAGGACAAUGUUCCCUUCCACACUGUGGUUUUCCCUGCCUCGCAGAUUGGUACUGGUGAGAAGUGGACCAUGCUCAACCACCUUUCUACAACCGAGUACCUCCAGUACGAAGGCGGCAAGUUCUCCAAGUCUAGAAACAUUGGUGUCUUUGGCAACAAUGCUCAGGAAACUGGUAUUCCUCCAUCCGUCUGGCGUUACUACCUAGCUUCUUCUCGUCCUGAAACUUCUGAUACCCAAUUCUCGUGGGACGAGUUUGUGGCUGCCAACAAUAACGAACUUCUUCCUAACCUUGGUAACUUUGUCAACAGACUGGUCAAGUUUGUCAAUGCCAAGCAGAACGGUGUUAUCCCUGAGUACGAUCCCUCGUUCGUUGACUACCCCGCCCUUAAGGCCGAUAUUGAUGCCUUGCUCAAGUCUUACAACACUUCCAUGGAGGCCACCAACCUGCGCAAGGCUCUGGAAAUUGCCAUGCAGAUUUCUUCUCGUGGUAACUUGUUCCUUCAAGAAAACAAGCUCGACAACUCUCUUCUCGCAAACAACCCAGAGAAGGCUGCUGCAGUCAUUGGUGUCGGCAUUAACAUCAUUUAUCUCUUGUCAGCCAUCUUUGCUCCUUACAUUCCCGAGACAGCAGAGGGCAUUAUCAAGCAGCUCAAUGCUCCUCCUCGCUUGAUUCCUGAUGAGUUUUCCUUGGAUAUCCUUGGAGGCCACAACAUUGGCAAGUCUGCCUACCUCUUUUCUAGAAUUGAGAGCGCCAAGGUCGAUGAAUGGCGUUCCAAGUAUGGCGGUAAGAAGGAGUAA